GUUCCUAAUCCUUUAGCACAUAAUAUGAGAAGAAACCGUUUGUUAGUGACCCACUCUCUGCCACCAGCACCAGCAGGUACAUGAAUUUCCUCGCAGAGGCAUCGGUUAUUUCGUAUUUUUUUACUUAUUUAUUUCGCGAUUCACGUUCAGAUCGAGUAAACGAUGAUUGAUCUUAUAGUUGAUUGUUAAUCAUAUCAAUAUUCGAUUAGUCCCGUUUUGUUUUCAAAAGUAAACCACGCGGUAUGAAUAAAGUUUGACGUAGAAAACUAAGUGAACCAUGAACUUGAGUUUUUCAAAUUCUAAAACCACGUAAAAAAUUUGAUACAUUUUUUUAACACUAUUUAUAUUUUCAUCGGACCGGAAAGAUAUUGUAAUGAUACAAAAUUUUGUGACUACUUUGUACAAUAAUUAUAGCAGUUUCAGAAAUAAUAAAAUUAGCAAGAGUUAUAAUGACCAGGGCAUGUAUUUCGAGGUUACAUUCGACAUUGGAUAUCCUAUCUGGAUAACUUUCAUUGUCCUUACUGGAUGUUCCAUAAUUAAACGAUACUGGAAGAGUAAGACUGAAGAAAAAAAAUAUCCUCAUAAUGUUCCAGGACCGAAAGCACUGCCUAUCUUUGGUACGAGAUGGAUCUACUCGCGAUUUGGAUUUUACAACUUGAAUAAAAUACACGAAGCGUAUAAAGAUUUAUUUCAACGAUACGGAAAUGUGGUGAAAGAAGAAGCUCUGUGGAAUAUUCCGGUGAUCAGUAUUGCGGAUAAAGAUUCCAUCGAGAAGGUUUUAAAGCAAUCGGGAAAGUAUCCAAUCCGGCCACCGAAUGAAGUGACUGCAUAUUACAGGAAAUCUAGACCUGACCGUUAUACGAACUUAGGUUUAGUUAACGAACAGGGGGAAGUUUGGCACCAUUUACGCACGACAUUGACUCCAGAAUUGACGAGUAAUAAAACAAUGAAACAUUUUCUACCCGAAUUGAUGAUGGUGACAGAAGAUUUUUUAAGACUGAUCCAUAGUUCUCGGAAUUCAGACAACUUGGUUAUUGAUUUCGAACAAUUGUGUAACAGAUUAGGAUUGGAAAGUACGUGUACUUUGGUGCUUGGCAAAAGAUUCGGAUUUUUACAAGAAAAUAACGUCGACCCAAUGGGCAAAACUUUGGCCGAUGCUAUUCGAGGACAAUUUUGUGCAUCGCGUGACACAUUUUAUGGGCUACCAUUAUGGAAAGUGUUUAGUACACCGGCGUAUAGGCAGUUUAUUCACUGUGAAGAUACAAUUUACGACAUAAUUUCAGUAUUAGUCGAAAAUGCUAUUCAAGAAGAUGCCGAAUUAUGCGCUGUUGAUAACGUCCAUAGAGUAUUCAAAUCAAUUUUAUUAUCUCCUUCUCUUGAUAUACGCGAUAAAAAAGCUGCCAUAAUUGAUUUCAUCGCAGCUGGAAUAAAAACCCUCGGAAACACGUUGGUAUUUUUAUUAUACUUGGUCGCCAAACAUCCCGAUGUGCAAAAAAAAUUAUACCAAGAAAUUCAAAACAUAAUCUCCGCCAACGGAACGAUAACUAUGGACGCUUUACGCGGUGCAGUAUAUUUACGAUCAUGCAUCAUGGAAGCGUUUAGACUGCUGCCGACUACGACAUGCGUAGCCAGAAUUUUGGAACAAAAGACUGAUAUUAAUGGAUUCAAUUUACCGCCAGGAUCGGUAGUUUUAUGCCACACGUGGUUAGCCUGUUUGAAAGAAUCAAAUUUCGAAAAAGCUACCGAAUUUUUACCCGAACGAUGGCUGGAUGAUGUAAAUCAUAAAUUUUCGUGUUUAGUAAUCCCUUUCGGAUACGGUCGACGCAUGUGUCCCGGUAAACGAUUCGUUGAAUUGGAAUUACAAGUGGUGUUGGCUCAGAUAAUACAGAAUUAUGAAAUCGAUUUUAACGGCGAACUGGAAUUAGAAUUCGAGUUUUUAUUGGCUCCGGCGCCGAGCACGAAUUUUAUAUUUAGAAACAGAUUGUGAUAACUAUUUUUUACAUUCAUUUAGCUAUUUACAUCCACCUAUCAAAGCCGACUGGUAUAUUUGUUACUUUGUUUUGUUACUACGCAAUUAUUUAAAUUUUUUUCUCUUUUUUUUCUCGUUAUUCGUAUAAUUUUAUGUGUGUUUGUAUCUUUUUUACUGUGAAAUUUUUCUACAUAAACGUCAAAUAAAAUGUUUGAGUAUUUUUGUA